AUGAGUUUCCCGAACCUUCUCGGCGACGAGUUCGCCAAAGUGGCUAAGGAUCGAGUGCAGAGUUUUGAGGCGUUAAUCAAGAGCAAUUGCGCCGAGGACCUUAAAUUCUAUCUAUGCAGUUUAAACUUUCCGAUGUGCACGGAGAAGAUUCCACAGCCAAUUGGACCUUGUCAACCGCUUUGCAAGACAGUUCGCGAGAAAUGUUUGCCGUUAUUGCGCGAUUUCGGCUUUGAUUGGCCUGAAUACAUGAAUUGCUCGAAUUUGCCGAAAGAAAAUAAUGGUGACAUGAUGUGCAUGCCUGGCCCUAGCACCAAGUCCGCUUUUCCGGCACCGAAAACUGAGGAAGCCGAGAGAAAUGAGGAACAGGGUACUCACUUUGAGCAAAACGGUUUUGUGCACUCGAACGGACAUCAAAAGUGCUCCGACGAUUUCUACUAUUUCAAUCGAACCGGCGUUUGUGUACCGUUAUGCAAUGGGCAACGAGCUUUGCAUCAGACGGAUCGCUACUCCACCUCAACCUACCUCUCGGUCCUCUGUGGUUUAUCCGUUUUCUUCACCGUCUCAUCGAUUAUCUUUUUCUUGACCCGGCCGCACAUUUUGCCGACUUUCCCGGAAAGGAGUUUAUUAUGGAGUGCGAUCUCUUUCAUGCUCUCUUCAAUCAUCUACGUCUUCAGUUUGCUUUACCGGGAAGAGAUCUCCUGUCGCGAGUACGCCGGGUUCUCGCUCUCCGUAGUCGCCUCAUUGCCACAUAUUCCUUGUACAGCUGUGGCAGCAGCUCUCUUCUACUUAGGAACGGCCGGCCGUUUAUGGUGGUUUAUCAUGUGCUUGGCGUGGAAAGAGCACACUUUGCAAACGGCCAGUAUUGACAAAUACCGUCGCCAAGUGUGCCUCUUGACUUGGACGCUUCCAUUGGCGGUGGUCAUGUUGGCGUUGAUGGCGAAAAGUGUACAAGCGGAUCCAUUGAGUGGACUGUGCCUUGUUGGAUCGGCUAAUAAGGUGCUCGAGGGCGUGUUCCCUGUAUUCCGCGAGUGCAUCAUGUUCUUCGUCGUCAUCGUCCCACUUUUCUCCGGUUGUUGCUCACUGGUUGGUUCAAGCCCAGUCUCUCCAUCACCAAACACUCAUCCACAUCCGUCGCAUCUCGGGCUUCUUGGCUGUGUCUAUCUCGUGGCCGCUUUCUUCUAUGUCUUUGCUUACCUUCACGACAUUCUCCAACCAGCAAUGGCAUGGACUCGAUCAUGGAAUAUUGUGUCAGCUAUUAAGCUGUUGAUCGAUCCAUUCAUGGGCGCAGUGGCCGGAUUUUUCUGCUUAGUGAUCAUCAUCUCGAAUCAAUAUCGUGCGAAUAGAGCUCCCUCCUCAUUCAAAGCCGGCUAUCAGCCAGCUCCAUUGCCACAAUCACUUCCGCCGAAUCGACCCCAACCCGAAGUACCCCGUCCAAUCUCUUCCACUUACACCGGCACCUAUGCAGCUGCUCCCCACUUUACUCGU